AUGUUGACCAAGAGGCCCACCGCGAGACCGGACGCAACCCUGUUCCCGGCCGCGGCAUGCCAACUGGCCGAGAUCCGCGGGAUCCUCAAGGACGACGGCCCGCGCCCUGACCUGCCUGACAAGCAGGCAUGGACCGGUGCGGCCCUGUCCCAGAUCGACGACCUUCACACCCUGGGCUUCACCCAGUCCCAGUGUCUGGAGGCGGUGACAGCCAUGGGCACCCUUGACCGGGACGCUCUGAUCGAGUGGCUGCUCCUGCAUCUGGCGCCAAAGGACAUCCCCCGUGUUUUUGCCCUCCAGUCAGCCUCCGAGUCCGGGGACGUGGCGGUGCUGCACAAGGCAGACCCUGCCGCCCGGGAAUCGGCUCGCGCGCUGGGUGCCAUGGCCCGGGAGGCGCCUGAGCCCCGUGGGCCAGCAUUGCAGGAGCUGAAGGCAGAGGCGGCGGCACAUGAGCCGGCUUCCGACCAGAAGGCCUGGAUCCUGCAGCACCUGGAGGCUGCAGGGAGCAGCAGCGGGGACAGCGACGAUUCCCGAUCCCGGUCGAGCAGCAGCAGCGUGGAGGACUGGGAGGUCUGGGGCGCGCCGGAGGAGGUGGCAGCGCGUCGGGCCCAGCGCUCCCGGGCCGAGCAGCUUGGGGCACUGUCACGGGGGGAGCUCGCUGCACAGCUGGGGCGGGAGUUGCAGGAGGCUCUUCGGGCCGGAGCCAAAGCCAAGGGCUCCCGGGACUCGGCGGGGCAGAGGACGGCUGGCGAGGCCAUUCGAAGGGUGAAGGCGGAGAUCGCUGCCUUCGCCCUGUCACCAGAGGAGCUGGACGUCGGUGCCAGGCCUGCCAGCCCAGACCCGGUUGCAAAAGGUGCUGUGGAGACCGGCACGCCUCCCUCGGCACAGCACCCAGCUGUUCCUCCUGAAGACGACUGGGUCGUCCUGGGAGAGGACAGUGGCAGCGAGGCGUCUGGCGCUGAGGACAAGGUGGAGCCUGGACCCAAGGCCCCCUUCCAGGCUGCGCCACAGGCAGCGCCUGAGUCGCGGCCUCCCCAGGAUGAGCCGGUGUUUGAUCUGUUUGGUGAGACACCCAAGCAGGCGCUGGCAAGGUACUGCCAGUCCCAAGGGCUGGCAGCGCCCCGGUACGAGAAGCUGCAGGCAGGGGGAGGGAGGAACGAUGGCGAAGGCGGAAUUCGUUACUCUGUCACCCUGGAGCAGCUCCUCCCUGGCAAGCCCACUCCCAAGAAAGUCACCACUCGGUGCCAGCUGGCGGUGCUCGAAGACGGGUGGGACACCAUUGAGGAAGCCCAGCACGCUGUUGCCACCAGGGCCCUGUACCUCACCACACCCGAGAGCCUGGGGCUGUGGCAGAAGCUGCCUCCUGAUCAUCGUGAAAUGGAUGAGGAGGAGCUGAGCAACCUGCAGGCCCGUCUGGAAAGCGUGUACAGCGACCUGCAUGCUCAGGAGCGGGCGCGCCGGCUGGCCGACGUGGUCCCUGGCGAGGGCGGCCCCUCCGCGAGGGGUGGCUCGUCCAGGUCCCAACUCCCGGACCCCGAGUGGGUGGCGCGCGAGAGCGCUCGCCUGCGCAGGCAGCGCGCCGACUGGCUGGCAAGCGACGCGGGACGCGCCUGGGCUUCCCGCAGGGCACAGCUCCCCAUUCAUCCCCUGGGCCCCCGCCUCACGGCGGCCCUGGAGGCCGGCGACGUGGCCAUCGUGGCCUCCGAGACGGGGUCGGGGAAGACCACGCAGGUGCCCCAGUUCUUGCUGGACGCCGCCAUCGACCUCCUCCGCGGCACGGCGACCUCGGUGGUGUGCACCCAGCCGCGGCGCAUCGCGGCGACCUCCGUGGCCGCCCGCGUGGCGGCGGAGCGAGGGGAGGCCGCGCCAGGGCAGCCGGGUGGGCAGGUGGGGUACCAGGUGCGCUUUGACUCGGCGAUGACGGCGUCUACGCGCAUCCUGUUCUGCACCACGGGCAUCCUGCUCCGCCGCCUGGCCUCCGACCCGCAGCUGGACAGCGUGUCGCACGUGGUGGUGGACGAGCUCGUGCUGAUGAGCGCGACCCUGGACUUCGGCGCGCUGUCCGAGUACUUUGGCGGCGCGCCCGUCCUGUCCUCCCCCGGCCGCACCUUUCCCGUGACGCAGCGCUACCUGGAGGACGCCUAUGAGGCCACGGGGUACGCGCUGGCCGAGGACUCGCACUGCGCGCUGCGGGCCGGCUCCGACGCUGCGCUGCGUGCCCGCCAGGCCGCCAUCUGGCGGGCGGGGGCGGGGAGCCAGGGGGUGCUGGCGCAGGGGUGGGGCGACGACGGGGCCAGGCCGGGCGCCGUGCUCAACCCCCACUACCACCCAGGCCUGUACGGGCACCUCAGCCCGGUGACCAUCCGCAACCUGAAGCGGGUGGACGAGGAGGCGCUGGACCUGGACCUGGCGGAAGCGCUGGUGGAGCACAUCGCGGAGAAGGGCACCGCUGGCGCCAUCCUGGUCUUCCUGCCGGGCAUGGCCGAGAUCUCGGCGCUGCAGGACCGCCUGGCGCGAGAGUCCGUGGACCGCGCGCCGGGGUCGCGCCUGGUCCUGCCCCUGCACUCCUCCACCCCCGCCGACGAGCAGCGCCUGGCCUUCCUCCCCGCGCCGGAGGGCACGCGCAAGAUCGUGCUGGCCACCAACAUCGCGGAGACGAGCGUGACCAUCGAGGACGUGGUGCACGUGGUGGACUGCGGCCGGCUGAACGAGCGGCGGUACGACGCCGCGGCCCGCACCAGCCCUGCGGUGGUGGCGGCCGCGCUGGCCUGGGCCCUGAAGCCGGCCCUGGCGGUGGCCGAGCCGCCCGGCACGGCGGAGACAGGCGGGUCAUGUGCCCGUCCCCGGUGGCGGGAUGUGAGUGGUGAGGUGGCUGUACACCCCUCCUCCGUCAUCCACCCCCUGACCCACACGACGCUGCACCACCCCUUUGUCACCUUCCUCGACAAGAUGCGGACGUCCCGCACGUUUCUGAGGGACUGCACGGUGGUCUCCCCCCUUGCGGUCCUGCUUUUCGGCGACGGGCUCCGCCUGCACCCCGAGGUGGGGGCGGCCACCCUGGACGGCGACAUCCGCAUCAGGCAAGCUAAUACUUUAAGAUUUGUGGUCGGAUGUGGCAACCAGGCCAGGGAGGUGCCAGCGGUCACCGGCGCGCUGGUGAAGCAGGUGCGCCUGGGCCUGGAGGCGAUGCUGUCCAGCAUGGCGGGGCGGCAGGACAAGGCGCCCACCCCUGCCGAGCUGGCGCUGGUGGAUGCGGCGGCCAUGCUGCUCCAGGCCGAGGACGGCGUCCGGAGCUGGGGCUGA